AUGACGGCCUCGUUGGAACAGCUAUUGGAUUUGGAAACUACAAGCUUUGAAGACAUAAUUGGAAGACUUAAAGCUUAUGAAGAGCGAAUCAAAGGUUUUGAAUCGUAUGAACAACAAGGGGCUCUUCUGUAUUCAAAUUCAGAGAAGUCAUAUGACAAUGGAGGAAGAGGCAGAGGACAGAACAGAGGACGUGGUCGCGGUACCAGAGGAAGAGGACGUGGUAGAGGUAACAAUGGCGAGAGGAGUAAAGAGAAAAGAGACUACUCUCAGAUCAUAUGCUACAAUUGUAAGAAGAAGGGUCACUUUGCUUCGGUCUGUACCGAGAAGAAAGAUAACGAGGAGCUAAACAAAACCGAAACAGAGGUAGCAGAAGCAGCCUUAUACAUGCACGAAGUAAUAUUCCUCAACGAAGAGAAAGUUAUACCAAAGAAGCUGGAAUUUCACGAGAAAGAAGAAGGUGUGUGGUAUCUUGACAAUGGCGCUUCAAAUCAUAUGACAGGAGAGAGGUCCUACUUCUUCGAACAAAACGAAAACGUCAAAGGAAAGGUAAAGUUUGGGGAUGGAUCAUUCGUCGAGAUAAACGGUAAAGGGUCGAUCUUGUUUGAAGCUAAGACAGGGGAGCAGAAGCUGUUACAAGACAUCUACUAUAUCCCGGAGCUAAAGAGUAACAUCUUGAGUCUGGGACAAGCAACUGAGCAAGGUUGUGAUGUUCGAAUGAAAAACAACUUCUUAACAUUAAGAGACCCUGAAGGGAGGUUACUAGUAAAGGUAUUGAGGACUACAAAUCGACUGUACAAGUUGAAAUUGAAAGUAGGAAAAGCGACUUGUUUGCACGCAAGACUCGAGGAAGAUUCAUGGAGAUGGCACGCCAGACUUGGUCAU